UCGCAGAGCUGUUUCCUCCUCAGCCACCAGCCUUGCUGCUGUUAUUGUUGAAACCGCUUUCCCAUUUUCUUUCCAAGCAUCCUCUUGUUGCCAAAGAUCAACCCGUUGUCGCUGUCGUCGAAGAAACUCCGUAUUUGUUCACAAUAAUAUCAUGCCACAAGAAGACACAGAACAAGCUCCAUCGUCCAAGGACACUUCCUCGGAUGACACAAAGAAACCGAAAAAGACGACAGAACCACCCGACGGCUACGUGUGCAAUCUCUGCAAGAUUACGGGCCAUUGGAUUCAGCAAUGCCCCACCAGAAAACAGCACAAUAAGCGAAAACGCAAAACAACAACCACACAUCAACCCGGAGUGGAACCUUCUCCCAAAGACAUUGAACGAGCCAAAAAGAUGCAAGCCAUUCCAUCACCUCCCUGUGAUUGUGGGGAAACCAGUCGCCUCAAAAAGGUCAAGCGAUCCCAUGUCACGGAACAUUCCCGCGCCGUGGGAUCCUGGUUCUUUUUCUGUGCCAAGAAAAAGGACGACGCCACCAAAUGCAACUUUGCAAAACCCGUCGAAGAGGUCCAAAGAGACAAGAAAGAAAAGGUGCAAGGGAGUUGGUAUGCCAAGAAACGAAAACAGCAAGUGGAAUGAUUGAAUGACAUGUGGUAUUUCAUGAUUGGAGAGUAUCGUAUCCAUGCAAUCAGCAGAUCGGAUGGAUGCAUGCACAUGCACACGCCAUUGUACCUGCAGCACGAUGUAUGUGUCGACCACUCCAGUCUCAGAAGGCAGACUAUGUCGUGGAAGCAAGUAUGGCAAAAGAGGCAUGCCACCGAGCAAAGGCGCUUCUGAACAUACCCUUAGUAGAAGAAGCAUGUAUGGCAAGAAAAGGAGGAAUGCCAUGGGCGGCUCUGAACUCUUUGCUUUCACGAACCAAUCUACGUACCCACCUGUAGCCAUGUACAGUAGACAACUUUAGUUUCAGCGGAGCCUGACUGAAGACACGACAUUGAUUGAAGAACACUUCAAAGUAGCAUACUAGCUGCAGAGGGUUUUGUGUCAAUAGACCUACUAAUGUUACAGGGAAACCUAGUCUUGCGACUGCAAACACGUUCUAGUUUCAUUCGGUAUAGGAGACGGCGUGGUCCGUAUGCUGGGCCUCCUCUUCUUCUUCCUCCUCCUCCUCGUCAUCGAUAAUCGAGUUGGAACGGGCAUUCCGUUGCUGUUUCCAACGAUUCAUAGCUCGGUUCAUCUUGUCCGAUCGAGGGCUUAUAGAACUGAUAGAUCGUCUCUCACUCGCUGGAUUGUGCGGUGGAAGUUCUCCGUUGGAUCGCGCCACCACCUUUUUGGCACGAGACUUUAGCAAGGGAGAUGAGACUGG